AUGGCUGCUUCUUGCCUGCCAGCCCAUCCUCUUCAAUGGUCAACAUACCCUCGUCGCUUUCUCAUCUAUCUUCAGGAGGAAGAAGACGAUCCAAGCGAAUUCACUGACUAUUGGUCUGCGUCACGCGUUUCACCAUCUGUAUCAUUGUCUACAAUUACAAAAACUCAGUCACACUCCGCAAUAGAAACCAGCAGCUCGUCCUCAGCUACAAGCGCUCGACGAUCCAGGAAUACCGGUGCCAUCAUCGGAGGUGUCCUGGGAAGUAUCACCUUCAUAUCCGCUCUCUUUUUCGCCAUCUUCUUCUGGCGUCGCUACAAGCAGCGGAAAUUUUGGAAAAAGUCACAGAUACCACAUCAAGAGGAAGCCUCCAGCAGUUCUGUUCCAGUUCUCUCUCCUGAGACCCCAACGACGGAUAGGUUUAAUGCACCAUCCAUUUCACAGGAUAGUCAUGACGAAGCGGAGGUCCGUGGUGAAAGGGAGAGACUGGAGCAGUUAGAGUCAACGGUCGAAUUGCUGCUAAACGAGUGGCGGCGGAACAAUGCUUCGGAGAUGCAGGAUCCUCCACCUGAUUAUGACUCGUCAAACUUGAGCACCGAUAGUAAUAGCUAACAGAAAGGACAGCUUGACCGUGCACAGACGAUAUAUUUCUCUUCUGAAAAUGAUAGUACAUUAUACCUGACAUUUGCCAGUAUUUCAAACCUUGGGCUCUCUCCCGCCCAGUUCAGAAUAAAGAACGUCGUGGUCCGUUCCGGCCUGCCUUCCACGCCUUUCUUUCUUGAAAUGGUUCGACAGAAGAAAAGCGACAU